AUGGCUGAGAGCUACCACAAGGAGGUCAUUGCCGGCCUUAAGGACAAGAGUCUCUUUAUUCAAGAUGCUUUCAUCGAUGGAAAAUGGGUCGCUAAGGACAACAAGUUCGAUGUCUUUGAGCCCUCAACUGCCACCGUUCUCGGUCAAGUCGCCAAUUGCGCCCUCGAGGACUUCCAAACAGCCAUCAAGAGCGCCGAUGCUGCUCAGACAAAGUAUUUCGAUAGCACAACUGGCGCCAGCCGAGGAGCCCUUCUGAGGAAGUGGUAUGACCUGGUUCUCGUUCACCAGGAGGACCUCGCAAAGAUUCUUUCUCUCGAGAACGGAAAGACCUACUCCGAGGCUCUAGGCGAGGUCAUCUACUCCGCCAGCUUCAUCUCAUGGUUCGCAGAGGAGGCCACUCGUUCCUACGGCGUCACCAUCCCCUCUUCCGCUCCCCACACCACCCUCAUGACCAUCCGCGAGCCCGUUGGAGUCUGCGGUAUCAUCACACCAUGGAACUUCCCCGCCGCCAUGAUCACCCGAAAGAUCGCCCCUGCGCUGGCCGCCGGCUGCUCCGUCGUUAUCAAGCCUCCUUCCGAGACUCCCUACUCCGCCCUCGCCUUUACCAAGCUCGCCAUCGAGGCUGGUCUCCCUCCUGCUACCAUCCAGGUCCUUCCUACCCGCGAUCGUCAGGCUGCCACCGAGCUUGCUACCAACCCUCUCGUCAAGAAGAUCUCCUUCACUGGUUCCACCGGCGUUGGCAAGUACCUUGCUAAGCUUGCUGCUGGUACCCUGAAGAAGCUCAGCUUGGAGCUUGGUGGCAACGCUCCUUUUAUUGUCUUUGAGGAUGCUGACCUUGACCUUGCUGCCGAGGGUGCCAUGUUCUGCAAGUUCCGAUGCUCUGGUCAGACUUGUGUCUGUGCCAACCGACUUUACGUCCAGAAGAGCGUCGCCAAGGAGUUCACUGCCAAGCUUGUUGAGAAGGUCAACGCCCUCAAGAUGGGCGGUGGUCUCGACAAGUCCACCACCCAGGGUCCUCUCGUCAACAAGUCUGCCGUCGACAAGGUCAAGGAGCACAUCGCCGAUGCCACCUCCAAGGGCGCCAAGGUCGCCACUGGUGGCACCACCCCCGACGGCCCUGGAUUCUUCCACCAGCCCACAGUCCUCACCGGCGUCACACAAGAGAUGGCCGUCGCCAAGGACGAGACCUUCGGACCUCUGGCCCCGGUCUUCGAGUUCGAUACCGAGGAGGACGCGAUCCGUCUUGCCAACGAUACCGAGUUUGGUCUCGCUGGAUACUUCUUCUCCAAGGACAUCAGCCGUGUGAUGCGCGUUGCUCACAAGAUGCAAGUGGGCAUGGUCGGCGCCAACACCGGCAAGAUCAGCGCUGCCGAGGCACCAUUUGGUGGUGUCAAGGAGAGCGGUUAUGGAAAGGAGGGCAGUCUGUAUGGUAUGGCCGAGUACCAGAACAUCAAGUCCAUCACCAUUGGAAACCUCAACAUUUAG